CCACUGAGCCACACCAGCCAGGGUGGGUUUUGUAUUUUAAAGGGCCUUUAUUCCUACCCACAGCUUUGCCUUCUGGAGAGGUUUAGUGGUUUUUGGAUAGCCAGUGGCCUGCCACCUUGGUUUUUUAUUUUAAUUUUUUUAUUUACUUAUUUUUAUUGAGGUAUAAUUGACAUACAGCAUUAUAUUAGUUUCAGGUGUACAACAUAAUGAUUCAAUAUUUGUAUGUAUGCAACUUGGUUUUAAUGAAAACAUACACCCAUGGUCCAAUCCCCUUUUCCUAUCCUGCUGCUUUGGUUUUUAUUUGUUUUUUUAGUAACUUUAACUUAGGCCUCUGUGUUGAAGAUAAACUUUAAAAAAAUCUACAUAUUCCAGAAGUAGCUUUUUGAGGUAGCACAUGGCUUAGUGUGGACUUCGUCAGCUUCCGCCAUGGUGUACUGUGGCCAGGGCCCAAAAGUGCGGAAGGCGAUGGUGCAGCCCAUUAACCUCAUCUUCAGGUCCCUACAAAACAGAUCUCGGAUUCAGGAGUGGCUUUCUGAGCAAGUGAAUGUGUGGAUAGAGGGCUGUGUCAUUGGUUUUGAUGAGUGCAUGAACCUCAUAUUAGAUGAUGCAGAAGAGAUUCACUCUAAAACAGAGUCAAGAAAACAACCAGGUCAGAACGUGCUGAAAGGAGGUAAUAGUACUCUGCUCCAAAGUGUCUCCCCUGGAAGUGACUAGUGAAGUGAGAACCUGAAGCAGUACAGUGUGUGUUUUCUAGGCGUUCUUUGUUGGGAGCAGAGUUCUUAAACAUUCAUGUCAUGUUGAUUACCCUUAUGUCAUUACCAGAUGACAAGAAAUGCUAUGGGUUUUUUUUAUUAACAACACAAACAGAAAUCUAUAGUGACAUUUAUUUUUUGCUGUUUUUUUUUUUAGAAAAUGUUUUCUUUUUCCAUUAUAGUUGAUAUUCAAUAUGAUAUUAGUUUCGGGUAUACAGCAUAGUUGUGAGACAUUUAUUUGACUUAUGAAGUGAUUUCCCCAAUAAGUCUCGUACCCACCUGGCGACUUCUGUAGUUACUACAGUAUUAUUGGCUAUAGUAUUCCCUGUGCUGCGCUUCCCGUCCCUGCGACUGUUCAGUAACCACCACUUCGUACUUCCUAAUCCCUUCACCAUUGCCACUCAGCCCC